AUGGCUUCUCAACAGCGUCCCUCACUGUAUUUCAAGGUCUAUGUUCGAUGGAGACCUACAAGUGAAGGUGAAUCGUCUGCACCGGAGAUGGAGCGUAGCGUCUCCCAGCAAGGAGCAAAGCAAUGUAUAACUCUCUCAUCACAGCUGAGUUCCAAUCGAUGCCGGACCUGGAAGAGUGGAGCUUCCUUCGCGCAAGUCUUUCCAGCGAACGCAACCAACAGCGGUGUUUUUACGGACGUAGUCACACCAAUGUUUCCCCAAGUCAUGGACGGAGGUACCUGCAAUAUCUUCGCCUACGGACAUUCAGGCAGUGGGAAAACGCACACAAUCAUUGGAUAUGACUACGAGGACGACCAGCAACUUGGCUUGUGUCUCUCGGCAGCACACAAUCUCUUCCAUGUGAUUGAGAAGAUCAACGUGGAAAUACACAUGAACAGAAAUGAUAGACAGGCCAACAAAGAGCUGUUAGGUGUGGCUGUCCGUCUCUACGAAGUCCGGGGCAAAUGUGCAUAUGACCUCUUGAACAAGGGCAUGGAAUGCCACGUUCGUGAAGGCGCCGAUGGGCGGACAUACAUUCGAGGCCAGACUGAAGUGUUGGAGAACGGAAAAGUCAGAGUCCGCCCGGUCAUCGCCAGGCCAUGUUGGUCGUUUGCGGAGCUCCGAACCGUUUUCCUGGCCCGGCUAGGAAUGAGAAAGACCGGGUCAUCCUCGAUACACGACGACAGUUCACGUACACAUGCCGUUCUCGAGCUUGAGAUAAUAAACAAAGCAUCGCUAGAGUUGCGCAACGCUGUCAUUGAGCGAGAAUCUGAGCUCGUCCCAGUCGGUAAGCGGGCGACAGACAUCUACCUGGAAGAGCACAAAAAGACACUGAUCCGCACGCCCGAAGGCAAACUCGUUCCCGAUCCGGAGAUUCCACUCAACCAAGAACGCAUCGACGCGGCGGAGGCUGAGAAGACAGAAUAUGAGAAUCGUUUGAAGGCAGCCGAGGAUGCAGUUGCUGAAUACUUCGAGGCUCGACAAUAUCCGUGUCUUGGGGGCAAGUUUGUCUUCGUAGACCUUGCUGGAUCCGAAUAUUUCGACCGAGGGAAUGAUGUAUCCGUGGCCGCACCAAAGCAGACUUUGCUGGAACGGCAGCAGGGACGCCAGAUCAACACGGAUCUUUUUGCGCUGAAAGAGGUUAUUCGGGCCCGAGCUUUAGGCCAGGCUCGCACCCCUUUCAGAUCUUCACCAUUGACCAUGAUCUUGCGUAGCCACUUUUUAGUGACGAACAAGGCCCAGUCUGCCAUGAUCCUUACCGUGUCCCCCUCCGAGCUGCAAUUUGCCGCAACAUUAAACACAUUGAAAUAUGGCAAUCUCGUUGCGGUGGCAGGUGAAAAUAUGCAGAAAUAA